CAAAACACAACACCCAGUACUGUACUCACUCGUACCAAAUCCAACCGAACGCGACCCAAACACCUCCACACCCACCGGCCCAUUUCUCUCGAACCCAACAAAAAACCCUGUCACCGGUACUGGGCUCAGUCGUAUCAAGGCCGAGGAGACGAUGUUCCUGCGGGCGAUCGCACGGCCACUCUUGGCGAGGGUGAAAGAGACGACGGGGAUCGUGGGGCUGGAUGUGGUGCCGAACGCGCGGGAGGUGCUGAUCGGGCUGUACACGAAGACGCUGAAGGAGAUCCAGGCGGUGCCGGAGGACGAGGGCUACCGGAAGGCCGUGGAGAGCUUCACCACGCAGAGGCUCAAGGUGUGCCAGGAGGAGCAGGACUGGGAGGACAUCGAGAAGCGCCUCGGCUGUGGCCAGGUCGAGGAGCUCAUCGAGGAGGCUCGCGACGAGCUCACUCUCAUCGGCAAAAUGAUCGAGUGGGAUCCAUGGGGUGUUCCUGACGACUAUGAAUGCGAGGUCAUCGAGAAUGAUGCCCCAGUUCCUAAGCAUGUCCCUCUGCACCGACCUGGUCCUCUUCCAGAGGAGUUCUACAAGACGCUGGAGGCUGCUACUUCAAGCCCCAAAAAGGAAGUGGCUGCUGGCACCUCCAGUGAGCCUUAGUAAAAGGAGUAUUAUGCUGCUGGCAUCUGCUUUGGGAAAGUUUGGAUUCCAGAGCUGAAUCUGUCUUUUUCUUCAUAUUCUCAUGAUUUUGUUCUCGUAUAGUGGGACUGUUUGCUAGACUGAAUAGAGUUUAAUUUAUGGGACAAGACAAAGGCUUGUAUCUUAAUAAUCUCUGCUUGAACUUUAGUACAAGAGCAUGUGUUAUUUCUUUUA